AUGGCACUCCCUCUUCCCCUCAUCAAUGUCAUCCCUCCAUCAGCGACGACCACUUCGGCGGGGGGGACGGGAACGUUGUCUACUCCUACCGCUGCUGCCCUUUCUGCACCAACUACAGGCACGACCCCAAGCACGACGAGCGAGGAGGACCGGCUAGCAGAUCUAACGUACGGUGACAUACUCGCCCUCCUUACCGACCCUCUGGCCAGUACGAUCACCUAUGCUUCCCUUUCCUCACUCCUCCUCGCCAGGCUUCCCGUAUUCCUCAACCCUUCGCAUCCCUUUGGCUCUCCUUCCCCCUCCUCCCGAUCCGCAGUCUCCAAACUAAAACUCCGAGGCCAACCUCUUACAGAAGAAGAAAACGACUUCAUCCUCCAGUUCUGCACCAACUGGGAGGUGGACGAACUCCAAUGUGCCCAUCUCUGGAGAUCCUACACUUUGGCGUACAGCCUGCCCCCGCUGCAGCGGCUUCCGGGAAAAGACGCCCGCAUAGCAGAAGAACAGCAGCACACGCACGCAUUACUUCGCUUCCUACUCGAAGAGCGGCUCAACGUUCUCCGCGUGCUUGCCGCUCUCCUCCGCGCGGCGGGGAACGACGCUGACCCUAUGUACCCGGUGGCGAGGGACGUCUACCAAAAGAUCUUCAUCCCGUAUGACGAGUACCUGCAGAAGCUUCUCUCGGGGUUUCAAGACCGGUGUGCAAAGCCUCUCCCCACUGUUCUCCAAGCGAGGGAACAUCGGUCCCUCGCCCCAGAGCUAGCGAGGCACAUCGUACAAGAGCAGAUCGCCCUGCUCGAACUCCUCUUCCUGGCAAACUACACCCAGCCCCCCUCGGCCAGCAUCACCCAAUCCAUCCUCUCCUCCCUCUAUUCCACCCAGCUCGGCACAGCCCACUCCCUCCACGCGCACCUGAUGGACGACCCCGGGCUCGCGCAUACCAAAUCGCUCAAAAUCGCCUCCCUCCUCCUCGGCCUCAGCGUGCUGAACCUCGACUCCCUCUGGGGGCUAGACCUCGUCCUCUCCGAACAGUCCGGCACCUCCCUCCUGACAAACCCAGACACCCUCCUCCAAAUCCACGAAACCCUGCUCCAGACCCCCUCGGACAGCGCCUACGCACCCAUCGUCCUCGCCUGGUCGGUCCUCCUCCACUCCCUCACAGAAAGCAUGCUCGCGGCAGAAGAGAUACCCCAGAUCUGGCUGCCAUUAGUCCGCGCAAUCGCCCCCGACGCGGAGAAGGGACCGGCCAUCCUCCUCCCCGACAGGCGCAUGGCCUUCGAAGAGUUCGCUAGUGUCGCUCUGGACCCGGGAAUGAACCUCUUCCCAAUGAUAGAGGACAUUCUCACUCUCCCGCCGUUUGACUCCUCUUCUCCCGGAGCAGCUUUCCUCUCCGCGCCAAACACGCUUGCCUACCGCAGCGUACUCAAAUCUCUCCUCCUGUCCAUCCCUACGCUCAUCCAACUCCCCUUCCUCGCGUCGCUCGACGCCUACCUCUCUGCCUUCUGCGCACUCCUCCACGGUCCGGGGGAAGAAGUGAGCCAACUAGCCCUCCAGUUCUGGACCGAAGACUCCCAAGACCCUCUCAGGUCGUCUAUCCUCCGCGUCCCAGCCACAAGGGCCCCGCUGAGUUUCUCACCCCUGCUCAAGCUCCUCACCCCUCUCUGCGGGAACGGCGCCCCCCCGUCCCCAGGGCUGUCAGUCGACCCCCCGCCCCAGGAGACCUGCGCGGACCACGUCUGGCGGUAUUUCACCAAACGGCGGCAAUUCGCCCUCCUCCUCACCCCCGCCGACAUCGGCCUUUUAUGGGAAGUAGCCCCCUCAGGCUGGGUCACACGAAAACCCAUGUCCUUCCCCGGCGGAGGAAUCGUGGAACGCGACGCUGUAGGCCAGAUCCUGAACCAGGGAGAUGGGCGAGAAGGCGUCGUCGUCGCUUGGCCCGUGACGUGGAACGGCCUCCAUCUCCUGCUGGACGUCUUCCGGGCUUUUAUCGCCAAGCACGACCAGCAGGCGGGGAGGAGGACCUUACCCCCGAACAUGAGCACGAGUACGAAGAUGGACGAGAGGCGGAAAGCGAGAAUCGUCAACCUUGAACUUGAGGAAAUACAGGUCGACACCGGUACUGAGGAGCCAGAGCUGGUCGGCACUGCUCUGGACCUCGUUGCUGCUCUCUUACGGGCCAAACCGUCCCUGGCGGGGGAAGUUGACUCCCUCUUCUCCCCUCUGGAUAAGACGCCCCACCCGUUCCUGGAACUGGGGCUGAAGCUGCUCGAGCUGGUUUUCCUGCGUACGAACCCCCGCGCUCCGCCCCCGCUGCGCCUUGUCAUCCCCCUGCUGGAGAUACUCGCUUCUGCUGCUGAAAGCCCGUCGAUGGCUUUGAGGCUAGGGGCGUACCUCCGAUCAGCGGCGGUGUUCGCUCCAGGGAACGCCUUUUCCCGCCUUGUAGCCAGUGAGCAGGUCACAGGCUCCUACGCUGGGAUGCUAGUCCUCAUCCGCCUUGUCUCCUCCCUCCUUACCGACGCUAGGCAGCAGCAGUUCGCCACUCCCGACCCGGCGACGCACGCGCUCAAAGCGGAAGUCUUACUCCAAGCCACCACGUUCCUCUUCCGCGACGUCUGGAGCUCGUUCUUAGGCUGGCGGUAUACCUCGCUCAAUGAACGACUUGUUCUUGCCCAGAGGUGUAUGGACCUCUUUCUAAGUAUACUCCAGGACUGGGCGUUCGCACCUCUCGAACCUUCGGCAACUUCGCCCUACCGGCAAGUAGUGUACAGCAUCACUUCUACGCUUCUGAGCAACCAGGCGGCCAUCACCCCCCUCACGGCUAUACUCGUUUCUGCCCCGGAGACGAUGCUCAGCCUCGCCAAAGCGAAACGCUCCCUCGACCGUGAGCUGCUGGCGGGGGUCGUCGAACGCGCACUCCGGCUUCUGCAGCUCGCGCUCCUCCGGAAACCGCAAUUACAGGACGGGCUCACCCCGCUCGAGAAUGCUAUCUUCAGCUCUGGACCUGAGCCCCGCACCGUCUCGAGUCUCCGGUCCCGCCCGGUGGCGGGAGGGAUGAUCCAGCUGCUCUUUGACUACGUCACUACUUCCUCCCCUUCUAGCUCUGUGCAAGUCCAGGCGGCUAGGGUGUUAUACCUCCUCUGCCGAUCAAUCGGCCCUUCCUCCUCUUCCCCCUCGUUCGUGGGCGCGCUAGACGACCCCGUCGGAACCGUGAACACGCUCGUACAAGACGUUUUGCAGAAUCCGAUGGUUCCCAUCCCCCUGCGUACCGCGGUUUGGGACUUUGCGGCCGCGACGAUCGAUACGAAGCAGGCUGUGGGGAGUAUAUUCCUCACAGGGAGCUUGCCUAUCGGGCUUGGGAUGUCGGAGAAAGCGAGGGGGAAGCGGGCUGAGCGCCCCGGGAGCACUGGCCCUGCUUCUGCGUCUGCUUCUGCCGUGUCUGCUGCGAUCGCGCUGGUCAAAGGUUGGGAGAAGCAGGUUGAUGAUGACUGCAGCGUCACACUCGCUGCGUUGAACUUCCUGGACGUGUGUUGGCGGCAGUAUACCCAAUAUAGCGACGCCCUGGACGAACAUAGGAAAGAUGGUGCUCUAUGGAAGACCCUCGCCGCUAUCGCCAUGCAGAACAUUGGCCCGGACGUCAACGUAGACAAGUUCGAUCUUCACUUUACUGUUACGAGAAAAUAUUGCAGUUCGCUGGACGAGGACGUGGCACGGCAUUCGGAUCGGUUGCUUCUCCAAGCACAUGCUGUACAUCUACUUUCCCUUGAUAUGGCCGUAGAGUCGGAGAAAUUCGUCCCCGGAGAGCCACGGACGUCACCUGAAAGUUUCAAGAAUGUGGAAGAUAUCUUAGGAGAAACGAAGAAAGCCACCGAGGUCCUCUCCAAAGCGAUCGAGAGUCCCUAUUCUCCCGCUUUCAUGGCAGGUGUUGCCAGGGAUCUCAAGCCUUUUAGUGGAUUUGACACGGAUUUGUUACGCUGCCCACCUGUUGCUGAAGGCCGUCAAGGGGGAGACGAGUACUUGUAUUCUUUGGAAGAAGUGUUCACCAAACUCCGUGGUUUCUCCCUCGGAGACAAUCAGGUUGCACUGGCACUGAAGCGUGCUUGUGCUCUUAACCUCACGUGGUCUCUCCUCGAUCGUCACGUUGCGUUAACGCGCUCUUGGCAAGCCCUGUUCGAAGCUGCAACACCGUGGAUAUCGACACUACCGACUCUGCGCCCAGCUCUGAUCAGUAGCGUAGCUUCUCUCGCUGCUGUGAUAGCUGCUGAACAGCGGGAUGGCAAUACUAUGGUUGCUGUACACUCUACUCGUAUCGCGCUUCUCCAGGCCAUCAUCGGAAGCAUUGGCAUACCAACCAACCUCCCUGCUAUUGUACAGACAGAUCUGUAUGGCUUGAUGGGGAGCAUCCGCACGCUCGUAGUGCACGAACACUUCUCUCCCUUGGAUUCGUUCAGAGGUCGGGUGACCCCUGCGUUCCAUCGGCCACUGCUGCAAAUCGUUCAAUGGUGUGGUCGGUUGCUUGCCACCCGCGACGCGGUCAAAACGCGAACAGCCCAGCAAUGGACCACUGUGUCAUCCGCUAUGACGGCCAUUCUAGAAUUCCUUGUACCCGCGUUGCGUAGUGUGUUCGCCGAUGCGGUCGCCCAACCGACUGAACAGCCCAGUGCGGAUUUGGAACUCCUUGUGACCAUGUUCGAUCGCUGUACAAAACCAGAGUUGCACCCGGUGCCCGCCCUUUGGCUCUCAUUGUGCGACGAUGCGGAUCUUAUUCGCAUCAGUCUCGAGGUGCUCGCGUUGACCGAUAUCGGCAGGACCAAUAAGAACCCAAGUCGUCAGCUUCUGCAUGCAGGAUAUGCCAACCAUGUGCUUACAUUCCAUAUGGCCUUGACCAAGGCUGCGCUUUCCGCUGAAUCUUUGGCCCGAGCCGGUGUACUCAGUGUGUACACUGAGAACUGUCUGACUCCUAUGCUUGAACACGGUGAUGUUUUGCCGAGAGAUCCGGAUACGAACGGUCGCAGCAUGGCCCAUGAAGUAUGGUGCAUGAUGUUGUCUAUUACGACUGCCCUUUUGGGCAUAAGCUCGCUUACAUCGGACCUCCUGGAAGCGAAGGUUGUCAUGCUUGUCCAGUCUUAUGGUCGGCAACUCACCGGUGCCCUGGGUUGGAAGGUGGAAGAAAGCCUGAGCUUGCCAUUGCUGGAAGAACUAGAACGAACGGUCGCCUUCUUUUACACAAUGUCUGUUCGUUCUUCGACAGAACAGGAACUCUCCAGCCCUACCUGGGCGCUGCUUUCGGUUUACAGCGAGAAGGCGUUGAACCUGUUACAGCAACUCAACUAUGCCGUCACACAUCCGAACCACACUCUCUCGCUUCUUGAGCCCUUCUCACAGGAAGAGCACGCCUUCUUCGAGCAAGACGAGCAGAUCGGCGCUUCUCGUUCUUCUGCAGACACGAUCGACCCCGCGAAGCGUCCAGCCCUUGCCGCACUCAUGCAACGUCUCUUCCUUAUCAGUCGGGACAUUAUGUCAUCCAUGACUGCCCUUUCACGUCCGGAUGCCGUGAUUCGCUCUGCGGAAAUGGACGAGUGGUGGAUACCUGCCAAGGUCCACGCGCCGGCUCAGACCGCUGCGGUGUCGAUUGAUGAGCCUGCCUCCAUCGGCACUCUCCUCGAGCUGGGCAACGUCGCGCGGGACACCUUAGCUGCUAUCACAUCCUUCUCCAGCAGCAAUAUCUCCAACAAACCCGUCUCAUCAUGCACUGUCUCGUGUCCGACAUUUGACAAGAUCUUAUGUACACAAGCGCUGAGGGAGACGCUUGAGAUGCUUCUGCUGUACAUCACCGCUGAGAUCACGCGCGGAAUUUACUUUGGACAAGAGGUGGACACCUCUCUGGCAGGAGAAGAUCCAGACGCAUCGACCACAAGUCGAAGGCCCAAAGGCGCGGCAACCAGCGACCCAGCCCAACGGGCACUGCGUGGCGAACUACUCGCGGAGCUUAAGGAGCUGUUGAGUAAGGCUGGGGUGCUGUUCGAAAAGAUGGACGGGCCCGGGAAGAAGGGUGGGAUCACCAGUGUUCUCGACGCACAUAUGCAAAAGAAGCUUGGGAAUGUCGCUGCUUAGAGACAAGCUCGUAGUGUGACUUACGCGAUUUCAUCGUUUGUGUAGCAAUAGGAUAGC